UUCCUAGAUCUGUAUAGCAAUUGUCCUCAUGCUACCAUUACAUUGUGCUGCGUUUUUCCUUUUUUAGCACACCAGAAUCAUGAAAAAUAAUAGUAUAUGCGGCCAGCUUUUGAAGUCUAUUUGGUUCCUUAUUUCCUCCUAAAUUGAAUAGGUACAAUUGUUUUAAUUAAUAAUUAUACACACUUUUCUAAAUGAGCAGAUAUGGAUGAGUAUGACGUCUUCAGUUUACCAAAUGGAUCAAUCACCGAUAUCGCGGGAGUUAUCAUGUAUGUUGGCCCAAUUGACCACGACACAUAUUUCCCUCUAGGCAUGAGGGAAUUAGCAGUGGUGGACUCCAAUGAUCGUACUGUGUUCCUCCGGUUUUUAGAUGAACUAGCUGACAGCCAUAGAGAAGAACUAUUUUUUGGGGAAAGGCAUUAUUCAUUCCUAAUGGCAACCUUUAUGGAGGUUGACCAAGCGUCGAGAAGCCUUUUAAGUACAGCAGCAACAACAAUCACAUUUCAUCGGUGCUUAGCAUGUCAUCAGUUUGACAUGCUUGAAGGUGUGCGCAAACGAAUUCAUAAUGAUUCAGCUUACGGUGAAGCGGUAAAAAAUGUUGUACUUCUUAGGAGGGAUGCUCAAAAUCCAGCCAACGAGUACAACACAGUUCAUCUACCUGCUGAAGCUUCUUCGAUCAAAUACAUGUACAACUAUCCCGAAGCGCUAGUACACCCGGCACAUCGCCGGAUAAAGUUGACAAGUACAAUGAAGUUGAUUAGGCAUGUAUGUCCAGAAUCAAUAAUUCUUUAG